GGUACUGUCCAUCCUUUUCGUGUACUCGUAACCAGAGACGCUAAAUCGGUCAUUUAUGAUGAUCAUGCGCCGGAUCCAGUCACGUGACGACCUGGAUUUGACGUCGGGGCACGAGUGCGGUAGUUCCUGUUAGGCCUUUUGGAAGAUGUGUAAGUCAUAAGGAACAGUUUCGUGUGUGGCUAGUGUCUGUCUUUCACGUACAUGAUACCAUAUAUAUCAGAUGACGUACAAGCUGCAGCCGCUAUGGAGGGUUAUUGCACAUAAACAAAACAGACAACUCUUCAAAUCUGGCUAUCUUUCGCAAAGAUUUCAUCCAGAAUGACGGAACCGGCAGAGAAAGCCUACUACCGUUUUUUGGUACUCUUCUUCAACUGUCUGUUGACGUUCGGCUCCUACUUCUGUUUCGACAUCCCAAGUGUGUUGCAAGACCAGUUUCAGGGGAAUCUGAACUGUACGAACACGCCUGUGACUAAUGGGACCUCACCCAACACUACAGAGGUGUGUGUGGAGGGUUUAGGAAUGACCCCUCAGGAGUACAACCUGCUCUACGCAAUCUAUGCCUGGACAAAUGCAGUGGUGGUGAUUAUGGCCGGUUUCCUCAUCGACAAGCUGGGAAAUCGCUUUGGAGUGUUUCUCUUCUCCUUCCUGACGGUGCUGGGCUCGGCCAUCUUUGCUCUGGGCUCCCACUUUAAGGGCACACCGGCUCUGCUGCCACUCAUGCUCACGGGCCGCCUGCUCUUCGGCUCGGGCAACGGCUCCCUCACCAUUGUGCAGAACCGUAUCACAGCAUUCUGGUUUCGUGGAAAGGAGCUUGCAUUAGCGUUUGGUCUGACCUUGGCGUUCUCCAGACUGGGUUCGGUCCUUAACUUCUUUCUGACGCAGCGUUUUGAGGCUGACUUUGGCAUGCAGUGGACUCUCUGGGGAGGCACUCUGUUGUGUGCGCUGGGUUUCCUGUCUGCUAUCACUGUGAGUGCUUUAGAUAAGGUGGGCAUGAAACAACUGGGUCUUGAUGGAGCAAUACAGGAGGAGUCUCGCAAAGUGAGGAUACAAGAUGUGAGAUUGCUGUCUCUGCGGUACUGGCUGCUGGUGAUCACCAUCAUGUUCUUUUACAACGGCAUCUUUCCAUUCAUCGCCGACGCAAGUAAGUUUAUCCAGGACAAAUAUGACGGCUACGACCAGAAGGAGGCAGCCUACAUCGCUGGAGCCGUGUAUGACAGUUCUCUAGUGCUUUCGGCCACUGUGGGCAUUCUCAUUGACUACAUUGGCCUGAGGGGUGUGUUUGCUGUCCUAUGUGCAGUCCUCACACUACCUGUGUUUGGCCUACUGGCCUUCACCUUUGUCCCUCCUCUCAUCUGCACUAUUUGGCUUGGAGUCACAUACUCUUUUGCUGCGGCGAGUAUGUGGCCCUCUAUUCCACUUGUGGUCCCUCAGGCAACUCUUGGGACGGCUAUGGGCCUGGCUACAUCUGUGCAAAUGAUUGGCAUUGGAGUUUCCAACCUAGUGGUCGGACAGAUUCUGGGCACCAAGUCUAGUGAUGCUAAGAUCCCUCUGUGGCGAUGGCAGAGGAUGAUGAUCUUCAUGUUGGCCAACACUAUCGGCUGUAUUGCCACGGCAACAGCCCUCAACUUCGUGGACCAUCGACAGGGGGGCACACUGAACAAAACAACAAAAAGGUCUGCGUCUGCAGCAGCUCCUCCAGCAGAAACCGACAGAGAGCCACUGGUUAGAGAAGAGAGGGAAGGAUGCGGAGACGGAAAGGCGGAAGAGGAUUGAUGUCAUGUUCAGCCUGUGGUGUUAAAUUAGAUCUCUCUGUCUUAUUUUUUUUACAAUCUUUUUUUGAGGCAUCUAAAUUGUUCUUUGUCUGCUUAUUUUGUACAGUCAUAUCCAUUUGUUCCUUAUCGUUAACUUCGUCUUUUAUUUUUUUUUCUAAAGGGAUGCAAAGAGAGCCAUUUUGUUGUGUCAUACUCAGAUACUCACUAAUAGUGAUUGUGUACACUGUUCUCAGCUGGGUAAAGAGACAGUAUUUUGUUUUCCUCUCGGUGUCAGAGGUUGGAAGUAUAUGUGGUCAGUGAGAUUAUCUAAGUUCAAAACACUGCAGUGUGGAUUUAUGCCUAACAGCUUAGGUCAGAAAUCUUUUUGUCUUGUAGUCUUACUGAAACACAUAAUUGUAGUUAAAGAACUGAGUACAAUGACAGUAGGUCAUUUUAAUAGACUCGAUAAUGUUCUUGGUCUCAAAAAUGGACUUUUUUAUAAAUUCUGAGACUGAGAUCAGAAAUUCAGAGAUGUGCCAAUACAUUUUUGAUGAAACUACUACUUUAUAGACGCAGUAGGACAGGAUUUUUACUGCAUGUGAAAUUGUAACAAUAAAAAAACGUGUUCUUAUGAA